CGAGGUAGGACCUAAAUAAAAAUAAUAGGUUAGGAAGUAAACAAUUUUGUCCUGCUGCUACUUCAUUCAGUUUGCCUUCUAUUAUUUAUGCUACUUUUAUUUGAAUAUGAGUUUAAGUGGACAGAAAGAAAUAUUCCAAGUGGAGUCGGUUUACGGUGCCUUCUAUUCAGGAGGAGACAUUGAGUGGACUUCAGAUGGCAGUAAACUGCUGUGCUUGUGUGAUGGAAAAAUUAAAGUGUUUGACGUAAACACAGGAAAGGUAUUGCCAUUUUGCAAUCAGGAAGAGGCAAAAGAUGAUGAAGACGAAGAUAUCGUUCUUACGUUCUGUUUAAGUAAAGACAAUACCACAGUUGUAUCCGCUCACAAAAGUGGUCUUUUCAAAUGUUGGAAAUGGCAAGAGGAGGAACCUGUGCCUCAAAUGUGGAAGGGACUUCACCGAGGGCCGGUGGCGAGAACGGCGCUGACUGGUGACGGAGCAGUACUGGUGUCUGGCGGCAGUGAUUCUAGUGUACGAGUGUGGGACCUCCAUCACCAUGCGUGUCUACGUAACCUCAAGGGCCUGCAGGGUGUUGUCAGUGUACUGCAAGUCCUGGAAGGGAAGGAGGGAAGGCGGACCUUGGUGUUUGCUGCUGGAGAUGACACAGUUAUCAGAUCCUGGGAUCUUGUGUCCGGCGAACUGAAGAGGGAAUACUCUGGACACUUCAGUAAAGUCACCGCCCUCACAUUUGAUGAAGACCACAAACAUUUGAUAAGUUGUGGAAGAGACAAAGUAGUGAUCCUAUGGGAUCUGGAGGCUGGUGGUCAGUUACGCACAAUCCCCACCUACGAGUGUCUGGAGGCGAUGGUCGUUGUCCCCACCGCCCCCUCCACCACGGCUCCUCGUCCUCAACACGACUCUAUCUUGGUAGCGGUGGCAGGCGAGAAAGGUAUCGUAACCAUCUGGGACCUAGCACACAACUGCCUAGUGUUCCAACAGUCCAACUCUAUGGUGAAGGCAGCCGAGGGUGGUGGAGUGGCCGUCACUGGACUCUUGUACUGUGAACAUCUCAAGACACUGGCUGUCGUCUCUGUCGACCACAACGUCAUACUGCAUCACGCUGUUACCUUCGCCGUCACCAGGCAGCUGGUGGGUUUUAGUGACGAGAUAUUGGACAUUGUGUACCUCGGAGAGACGGACUCUCGUCUAGCCGUGGCCACAAACAGCUGUGACAUCAAAGUGUACAAGACAUCGGACAUGAGCUGUCAGCUGCUCCAGGGUCAUCAGGACAUCGUAGUCACGCUGGCUACGUCUCCAGCCAACCGCAACAUUCUGGUGUCCGGCUCUAAGGACAAGAGUGUGCGAGUGUGGCUGGUCACAGACAAGGAAGCCGUGUGCGUUUGUCUGGCCAUGAGACACACAGCUGCGGUGUCUGCAGUGGCUCUACCAAUCACCAAGUGCAACUUCUUAGUGUCAGCCGCUCACGACAACACCAUCAAAAUGUGGCACCUUCCCACCAAACUGAAGCCAGACAAGUCAGAGAGUUUAAAUGUCCACCUUACUACAUUAGCUCAUGAAAAAGAUAUAAAUGCAAUCUGCGUAUCACCAAAUGACAAGUUUAUUGCUACCGGGUCUUUGGACAAAACUGCCAAGGUGUGGAGCUGUGAGGACCUUUCACUAGUCGGAGUGUUGACGGGUCAUAGACGAGGAGUGUGGAACGUCAGCUUCUCUCCGGUGGACCAAGUCCUGCUCACCUCAUCCUCGGACUGUACACUCAAGCUGUGGGCUCUAUCUGACCUAAGCUGUAUCAAGACGCUAGAAGGCCACGAGUCGUCAGUGAUGGCAGGCAGGUUCGUCACCCGAGGGCUGCAGGUUGUGUCUGUCGGAGCCGACGGUCUUCUCAAACUGUGGAGCAUCAAGACUAGCGAGUGCGUUAAGAGUUUUGAACAUCACGACGCCAAGAUCUGGGCUCUCGUGGUAUCCAGUGACGAGACCCGACUAGUGACAGGAGGAGCUGACUCUCAGCUGGUAGUCUGGCGUGACGUGACCGAGGAGAGUGCGGCUCGAGCAGCUGCCGAGCGUCAGGAGCGAGCGUUACAGGACCAAGAGCUGGCCAACUUGCUGCAUGAUGAAGAUCUGCUGCCUGCCCUCAGACUGGCACUCACCUUGGAGCGGCCGGCCACUGCGCUUAAAAUUAUUGAAACUGUGUUGAAGCAAGACAGAGACGGACUUCUGGACACAGUUCGUCAACUGAGAGAGGAUCAGAAGAGGACUUUGUUGAAACUUGCUACAGAGUGGAACUCUAUCAGCAAACACUGCUACGCUGCUCAGAUGGUCAUUUCCUGUUUAAUGGAUGAUAUCUCGGAUGGAUCUCUCCGAUUGGAGAAGUCUUCACUGGAGCAAAUUCUUCCAUACACUGAGAGGCAUUUCAAGCGUAUGACACAGCUGAUGCAAGAUCUUCACCUUCUACAAUACACAGCUGCUCUUAUGAAACCUCAUUCAUAGAUAGUUUCAUUGUAAAUAAAUUUUAUACUAUUUUUA